AUGGUUUACCUCGACUACAACACUGCUGCCGUCCCAAAAUCUCUCCCCAACCCACCAGGGUUCGGCCAGUUCGGCCGCGACGGCAAGUCUCGACCAGAGGCGACCAAGUCGGUCGCUAAUGCCACUGAACUGAAGUUGAAGCGCGCAUGGGAGGUGUCGUUUGCCCCCGCCAAGCAACUGCCCAUGCAGGCGAUCAUGCUCUACUUUUCCGGGUCGGGUGUCCAGAUCUUCUCGCUCGGCACAAUCUUCAUGCUCGUCACUGGGCCCAUUGGCGCGCUCCUGGGUAUUCUGCGCAGUGAGUUGAAACUUGAGACUUGGCUUGUGUCGGGAAACACGGGGCGACGAGCACCUGCCGGCCUCGACAGGCAGGCCUCUCCCCUGCCGGCAGGUGAACAGCAGGUAUUGCCUCCCACGCUUUACCUAUGUAGUAGAAGUGCUGUGCCCCACCUCGACUUUGCACCCCUCAUCUACUGCCCUUGA